CUUCCUUAUUCCUGUAUGGUUUCAUAUGUAAAGGAAAAUGCCCAGCAAACCAGUAGCCGUGGAAACCGGAGCCAACAGAGGCAUUGGGUUUACUAUUGUGUGGUCUCUGUGCAAGCAGUUCUCUGGAGAUGUGUACCAGACAGCCUGUGAUGUGGAGAGGGGCAAGGCAGCAGUGGCAGAGCUGCAAGCAGAAGGGCUGAAGCUGCUUUUCCACCAGCUGGACACCAAUGACUUGCAGAGUAUCCGAAGCCUGCGCGACUUCCUGAAGGAGAAGUAUGGAGGCUUGAAUGUGCUCGUCAACAAUGCAGGGAUUGCUUUCAAAGAUGAUGAUCCCACCCCAUUUCAUAUAAUAGCUAAAAUAACAGUGAAAACAAACUUCUUUGGGACUAGAAAUAUUUGCAAGGAGUUAUUAUUAGCACUCAUAAAACUGCAAGAGGACAAGUUGACUAUCAGCAACGCCUUGUGUUUCGCCUCGGAGGCAAAGGGUCCCACAUCUGCAGGCAUUUUAUAA